AUGGAUUCCUACGUCUUUGAAGUUUCGAACCUGCACUGUUCGAGUUGCGAAACGUCGGUCAAGGAGGCUCUGGCUCCCGUGAUUCCCCCUUCUUGGCAGGUGUUCGUGUCUGUGGCUGAAGGAAAAGUCACCCUGGUCCCUGAUGAAGGCAAGCUCGACUCCAAGGGUAUCAGACGAGUGGUCGACCGGCUGCUCGCGUCUGGAUACGAUGUGGAGGACAUGAACGUGGACGAGAUUGUGGCCAAACCUGGCUGGUUCAGACAGUUCAAGAGUGCGCUGUUCGAUGGAGGACAGAAGGAGAAACGACACAAGAAACACUGCGAAUCGUGCCGCGAUGAGAAACACAAGGAAUCAGAAGACUCAGAUGAAGCACCUACAAUCAUCGGAGAGAACUCCCCCGCCACAGCUACCGAGUUCAAGACCACAUUUGCCAUUGGUGGCAUGUCUUGUGUCUCGUGUUCUAACCAAAUCACCGAGACUGUCAAGGCUCAGUUUCCAUCGCUCGAUACUUUUGCCGUCGACCUGAUGAACAAAUCCGCUGUGGUCAUUAUCAACAACAAAACCACCGCCACAAAGAUCCAGGAGUGCAUUCGUGGAAUGGGCUACAUGUGUGAUCUUGUCGAGAUGGCUCCUGUGAAGAGCACCAAGGCAUACAAGGUGACUGCUAGUAUUGGAGGUAUGACUUGUGCUGCCUGCGUCAACCAAAUUGUUGCAGCAGUUCAGGACAUUGAGGGUGUGGACUGUGUCACUGUUUCCCUCAUGUCCAAUAGUGCUGACAUCAUCAUUGCUGACAAGAAAUGGCUUCCCAAGGUUGUUGAAGCCAUCGAGGACUCUGGAUAUGACUGUGACAUCCAUGCUGUCGAAGAUACCGAAUCCAAGCGUGUCGAGGAGAUGACUCGAACUGUCAACCUGGCUAUCGACGGCAUGUUCUGUGACCACUGUCCUGACAACAUUAACAAUGCACUGUCUUCAUAUGGCCAAGCUAUGGUUGUUGAUGAUCCCGUUGCUCUCGAUCAUCCUUUUGUCAAGUUCACAUACAAGCCUGAGCUCCCCAACGUUACUAUUCGACACAUUAUCCGAAAGGUGCAAGACCUUUCUCCUCAGUUCACCCUGUCUAUCGUGCACCCCAUGACUCUCGAGGAACGAUCAGCCAAGCUCCAGAAGCACGAGCAGGUGCGUCUAUUCUUCCGACUGGCACUUUCUGUUGCUGUGGCCAUUCCUACAUUCAUUCUUGGUAUUGUCGGCAUGUCUCUGCUCAAGAAGGACCACCCCUUCCGAAUGUACAUCGAUGAAUCUGCCUGGGCUGGCAGUGCAUCCCGAGUCACAUGGGCUCUCCUGAUUCUCGCUACUCCCAUUUACUUCUUUGCCGCUGAUGUCUUUCAUAUCAAGGCAGUGAAGGAGAUUAGAAACCUGUGGCGCCCUGGAGUGUCUUGGAAGCGACGGUUCUUCAAGUUUGGAUCCAUGGACAUGCUGAUGAGUCUCGGUGUCAACGUUUCCUACUGGACUUCACUUGCCCUUCUGAUUCUGGCAGCCAAGUCCCCCAACAGAGAAGAACAUGGUAAGGGGGACGAGGAGAUGGGCUACCAUACCACCUUCUUUGACUCUGUCGUGUUCCUGACCAUGUUCUUGCUUAUCGGUCGAUGUCUAGAGGCCUACUCUAAGGCCCGAGCUGCUUCUGCAAUCUCCCUGUUAUCUGAUCUGCGUCCUAAGGAAGCCAUCCUUGUGUUCGCUGAAGACGGAGCCCUGGCUAAAGAGAAGGUCGACUUUGAAGAGGGCAAGAUGGAGAGUGAUGAAGAGGAGGAGGAGCAUACUACCUACUCUGGUGACGACAAAGUCUCCGUUGACUAUCUUGAGAUUGGUGACUACAUUCGUGUUCUUCCAGGAAUGACUCCACCCACCGACUGUAUUGUCGUCCAGGGUGGCUCUACCUUCGAUGAGUCUGCUCUAACAGGUGAAAGUCGACCCGUUCGUCAUGGCCAGGGUGACCAGAUCUUUGCUGGUACCGUCAAUAACGGCUCUGGUUCUCUGAUUGCAAAGGUCAUGGCUCUGGAGGGAGGCUCUCUUCUGGACCAGAUUGUCAAUGUUGUCCGAGAGGGUCAGCUUCACCGAGCACCCAUUGAGAGAGUUGCUGACAGACUGACGUCUGUAUUUGUUCCCAUUGUCACUUCUCUCGCCAUCAUCACCUGGAUCAUUUGGCUUGCUCUUGGCACCACCGGUUCUCUUCCUCCCCACUACCUCGACAUUGAUCUCGGAGGAUGGGUUGUCUGGUCACUUCAAUUCGCCAUCUCUGUCUUUGUUGUUGCCUGCCCUUGUGGUAUUGGUCUUGCUGCUCCGACUGCUCUUUUUGUGGGCACUGGACUAGCUGCCAAAUACGGUAUUCUUGCACGAGGUGGAGGAGAGGCCUUCCAGGAGGGAGCCAAAGUCGAUGUUGUUUGUUUUGAUAAGACCGGAACCCUGACUGAAGGAGGAGAGCCUAAGAUCACCGACGAGAAGGUGAUUUCAUACGACACCAAGGAGAUCUUCUUCCUAGCUAAGCUCAUUGAGCAGCAGUCUGGCCACCCUCUGGCUGUUGCUGUUGUCAACCACGUAACCGACAUGAACAUUGAGCUUCCGGGAUACUCAGUUACAGUUGAAGAGGUUCCCGGUAAGGGUCUCAAGGGUUCUCUUUCUGUUCCCAAGACUUCUUCUCUUGGCCAGGCUGGUGUCACUGAGUUCUUGUUCGGAAAUGAGCGUCUUAUUGAGGAGAACAACGCCGCCAUCUCCAAUGAAGACGCUGCCCUGUUGCAUCGAUGGAAGACCGAGGGAAAGUCUGUCAUGCUGAUGGCUCUUAGACCGGACGGGGGUAACUUUGCUCUGGCUCUCAUUAUCUCUGCGGAGGACAAGAUUCGACCCGAGACUCCCUCGGUUCUCAAGGCUCUUCAGGAGCAGAACAUCCAGACCUGGAUGAUCUCUGGAGACAACCAGAUCACCGCCAAUGCUGUCGCUGCUCGUAUCGGAAUUCCUGCCGACAAUGUCAUUGGUGGAGUGUUGCCUCAGGAAAAGGCAGCUAAGGUCCAGUGGCUCCAGAAGACUGCCGUUUCAGCCCGUUCUGGCAAAUCAACCGGUCGAGCUAUCGUUGCCAUGGUUGGAGACGGUGUCAAUGAUGCCCCUUCUCUGUCUACUGCAGACGUCGGUAUUGCUAUUGGCUCUGGAGCUGAUAUCGCCAUGUCGUCGGCCAAGUUUGUCCUGAUGCGAUCGGAACUGACUUCGGUUCUUACUCUCUUUGAUCUCUCCCGUGCCAUCUUCCGACGAAUCAAACUCAACUUUGCCUGGGCUCUGGUCUACAACUGCAUUGGUAUUCCUGUUGCAGCUGGUGUCAUCUACCCUUAUAACAACUCUCGUCUGGAUCCUGUGUGGGCCUCUCUGGCUAUGGCUCUGUCUUCCGUCUCGGUCAUUUGCUCAUCUCUGCUUCUCAGACUGUACAGACCCCCCAAGGUCCAGUUCGACGCUGAGGUUGGUGAUGAAGGCGAGAGUAUCAAGAGUGUCCACACCAACCGAAAGUGGAAGCGCCGACUGGCCAAGAUUAAGAACGUGAAGAAGCUCAAGAACGCCGGAAAGCGACUGGAGACUAUCGAGGUUGUGGAAGAGUGA